AUGACUUGUUCAAAUUCAAAUGAUGAUUAUUUAUGUAAUAUUCAAUCACCAUUUUCAACUAAUAUUAUUAGUGAUGAUAGUGAUUAUUUAUUCAGUAGAGUUGAUGUUAAAUCAUAUGGUACAAUAACUUUUCCUCAAAAUAACUGUAAUCAAGCUAAUUUUAUUCGAAUAUCGCCGGAUGUCUGUCCUACACAAGUCAAAGAAUUAUUUAUUGAACAAAAUUAUGAUACACGUCCAUCACUUGUUAUAUCGAUAAUGGGCAGUGCGAAAGAAAGUUCACUGAGAUCAAAAUUAUUUCGAAUAUUUCGUGAAGGUCUUCUUCAAAUAGCUCAAACUACAAAUGUUUGGAUAAUUACUGCUGGAUUAAAUUCAAGAGUAACAAGAUUUUUUGGUGAAAUAAUUCGAACAAAUUCAGAUCCAUCUCGACCCAUAUAUUUAGUUGGUAUUGCUUCUUGGGGAUGUAUAUCAAAUGUCUCACAAUUUGAUGGUCACGAUAGAAAUGUUAGUUAUUCAAAAUUAAAAAGUAAUGAAAAAGAGACAACACCACUUGAACCAAAUCAUACACAUUUUAUUUUUAUUGAUGAUGAAACGAAAUAUAAACAUGGAUGUGCAAUUAAAUUUCGUGCUCGAUUUGAAAGAGCAAUUUUAGGUGAAGGUUUUUCAUUACAAACUAUAACAAAUAAUAAUCAAAAAAAAAAUAAAUCAAUAAGAUCAUAUUCACAAUCAAAACAAUCAGAUAAUAUGCCUGUUAUUGUUGUUGUUAUUGAAGGCUGUGCGGAUGCGAUUAAAAAAGUUUAUCAAAGUGUUGUUAAAGAUAGAAUUCCUGUUGUCCUUGUUGAAGGUACAGGUGGAUGUUGUGAUUUAUUUGCUAAAUGUUAUCAUUUGUAUAAUGAAUACAAGUCAAAAAUGGAAUCAUGUGCUCAAACAAAUGAAGAUUCAUCAUCAUUAAUAGAACAAAAUGAACAAAUAAAAAAUAAAAUUCGUGAAGCAUUACAUAUAGUUAAUCAUGAAAUGGCUGAAACUUCAUGUACAAAUGCACCAGAUGAAGGAUUAGAUUUUUUUGAAUUAAUAUAUGAAUGUGUUGAAAUACGAAAUAUAUAUUUAAAUUUUAUUGAUUUCAAAGUACAUGAUCUUAGUGGUGAGGAUGUUAAUUUCUCUAUUUUACAAGCUCUUCUUAAAGUUACUAGUGAAAAUAAUUCCUGCAAAGCAAAACUAGAAGAAAAACGUGAACAAUUAAAUUUAGCAUAUGAAUGGAAACAAAUUGAUAUUGUUAAAAAUUCUAUUAUGAAAGAUGAACGAGAUUGGAAAAGAAUUGAAUUAAAUGAUUUAUUUUUCAAAGCUUUGAUAGAAAAUCAAGCAAAUUUUGUCGAAUUAAUUCUUGAUCAUGAUUUUUCAUUACAUGAUUUAUUUGAAAAUAAUAAUCAACUUUUAGAUCUUUAUAAAGCCGAAAAUAUUUAUUUUAAAAAUGAAUUUGAUAGUCCUUUAAGAUCAAUUUAUAGAGAAAUAAUUCAACCAUUUAUUGAUAAUCAUUCUCUAAUUGAUACUAUUUUUGAUCGAGAUAAUUUAACAACAAAUUCUAAAAAUGAUUCAUCAUCAAUAAUAAGUGAAAUUGAUAUUGUUAAAGAACUUUUUCUUUGGUCAGUUGUAACAGGUAGACAUGAAUUAGCUUUACUUUUUUGGACUCAUGGAAGAAAUAAAAUUUGUGCUGCUUUCAUUGCAAUAUUAAUUUAUAAAAGUAAAGCAAAAAAAGAAAGAAAUCUUAAAUAUAAUCAAUGGAUCGAUCAAUUGGAAUAUUUUGCUGUAGAAAUACUUGAAAAAUUUUAUUCAGCAAAUCCUUUGAAAUGUAAACAAGCUAUUAUUAGAGCCGUACCCGAAUUUGAUAAUGUUACUUGGUUACAAUUAGCUGUUUUGGCUGAAUCAAAAUCAUUUAUUGCUAAAAACGGAGUACAAGCUGUACUUAAAGAUAUAUGGUAUGGUCGAAUUGAUCAUCACGUUGGAAAUUUGUCAAUAAUAUUUUCAAGUUUUAUUCUUUGGUAUAGUGUUUUUCUUCCUUAUUAUGAUGAAAACAAUACAUAUAAUCAACCUGAUAAUUUUCAAGAUAGAUCGGAUAUUUUUCAUUUUCGUAGAUCAAGAUCAAAGCCUGCUAUUGAUAAAGUCUGCACAGUGUCAGAUGCGACAUGUUCGAGAUUAAUGGAUGAUGGUUUCGAUGAAGAAACAAAAUGUGUUACUGUUACCAAUGCCGGUUGUUGGAAGAGAAUAAAAAUUGGCAUUAAUCAAUACAUAAACAAUGUUUCAAUGUUUCUACAUGCUCCAUUUGUAAAAUAUCUGUACAGUUUAUAUUCUCAUGUGAUCUUUUUAAUAUUAUUUUCAUACGUAAUAUUAUAUGCUUAUUUUCCACGAUAUGAAUUUCAAUCUGAUCGAUGUUUUCCAAACAAAGAAGAAAAUAAUAAUAAUUCUUCAUCAAAAUCUAAUCUUCGAUCUCAUUAUGGACCAUCAACAAGUGAAUUAAUACUUGUAUUAUGGGUUUUUACUUUAUUUUGUGAAGAAAUUCGACAAAUAAGAGCGAAUAAAGUUCACUCAUUAUAUAAGAAGAUUAAAGUAUAUCUUUCUAUAUUUUGGAAUAAAUUAGAUGCAUUAGCUAUAAUUCUAUUUAUUCUUGGUUGUAUUCUUCGAUUUUUACCAAUAAAUCAAUGUUUUUGUUAUGCACGAAUAGUAUUAGCUAUUGAUUUAUCUAUUUGGUAUAUUCGAACACUUGAUAUAUUUUCAGCUAUAAAAAGACUUGGUCCUAAACUUGUUAUGAUUGGAGAAAUGAUUCAUGAUCUUAAAUUUUUUAUGUUAAUGCUUAUUGUAUUUAUAUUAUCAUUUGGUGUACCAGCUUAUAGUUUAUUAGAUGAUGCUGAGAAAUAUUCUUGGCAUUUACCACGUUAUAUAAUUAAUUUUGCUUAUUGGCAAAUAUUUGGUGAAUUACAAGAAAUUGAUCAAAUUGAAAAAAAUUAUGAAUUAAGUGGUUAUGUUAUAUUUUUCUUAUUAGUUGCAUAUAUGACUGUUGCAAAUAUUCUUUUAAUUAAUCUUCUUAUAGCAAUGUUUAGUAAUACAUUUGAUCGUUUACAUUUGGAUACAAAUUGUAUAUGGAAAUUUCAACAAUAUUCAUUAGUAUGUUAUGAAUUAAAACGUCCAUUAUUACCACCACCAUUAAUUAUCAUAUCACAUAUUUGGCGUAUAAUAAUUUAUAUAUUUUCACAUAUUAUUAAAAUAAAAUGGUUUUAUAUGAAAUAUACUGAAGAAAAAAAUCAAGCUAAAAAAAUAAAUAUAAAUAAAAUAUUAACAAAACAAAUUGAAGAAAUUGAAGAUGCAUUAGGACAUGAAAUUUAUUUUUAUUCUUUAAAAAAUAAUCAAGAACAAAUUGAUUCUAAUGAAGAACGAAUAUAUUCACUACAAGAAAUUUCAUCAAAUAAAAUAAAAACACUUGAAAAUCAAAUUCAAAUAAUACAAAAUCAACAAAGUAAUAUGUUUCAAUAUUUGGAAUCUUUAAUGAAUGGAAUUAAAAAAAUUGGUAGGAAUGAUAUUGAAAUGUCAAAAUGA